GUCGAUGGAACGCUGUUGGACUCGAAGCAGCGGUUGAGCGAGAGGACGGCGGCGGCGCUGCGGGAAGCGGCGGAGUUGGGCGUGCGCACCGUCGUCGCCACGGGGAAGACCAGAGGGCCGUGGGCGCGCAAGCUGUACGACGAGCUCGGGCGGGAUAACAAGAAGAUGCCUGGGUUAUUCAUACAAGGUCUCAUCACGUGCGACGGACUCGGGAAGACGAUCAAGAGUCGGACGCUGGAUAAGGCGUACGUGAAGGAUAUUUUGCGCUUUGCGCAAGCGCGAGACUGCACGAUUGUGGCGUUUUGCGACACUAAGAUCGUGUGUUCGACGCGAAAUGAGCUCACGGACAAAGUCUUAGACUACGGCGAGCCAGAACCGGUGGAGUGCGGAGAUUUAUUGGCCAAGAGCGAUGAGUACGACGUCAACAAGUUGUUACUCUUUUGCGACGACGCCGACGUGCAACGAUACCGCCUCGAGGUGCGCGGAAGCUCGCUCUCCGACGCAUGCGAUGUUACCGUGGCCGUGUCCGGUAUGUUAGAAUUCUUACCGAAAGGUGCGAGCAAAGGCGCCGCUGUUCGCGAGCUGUGUGAGUCGUUGGAAAUCGAUUUAGCCAACGUCCUGGCGCUGGGCGACGGUGAAAACGACAAGGAAAUGCUAACCUACGCGGGUGUCGGCGUCGCCGUCGGAAAUGCGAGCGACGCCACGAAAGCGGUGGCGGAUAUUGUUUUGGACGAAACGAACGAUGAUGACGCCGUGGCUGUGGCUAUAGAAAGGUAC